AUGGCGUCAAGUGCAACUUACAAGGACCGCCAACUUCUUGCUGUCAUUGGCGAUGAAGACUCCGUGACAGGUCUUCUACUCGCGGGUAUCGGCCACGUUACGGAAGGUGCAGAUGCCCAGCGGAACUUUCUAGUCGUCGAUAGCAAAACCGAGACCUCGCAGAUCGAGCAAGCCUUCCGAAACUUUACAGAGGAGCGCAAGGACAUCGCUGUGCUUCUGAUCAACCAACACAUUGCAGAACGGAUUCGUCACAGCGUAGACACCUUUGCCGACCCAUUCCCUGCGGUUCUCGAAAUUCCCAGCAAGGAUCACCCAUACGACCCCGAGAAGGACAGCGUUCUAAAGCGUGUCCGACGACUCUUUGGCGAAUAA